GCCCAAUUCUUACCCUGCUGGCUCUGGAGGGAUUCCUCCUGUUCCUUCCCCCUUCCUUGUCUUCUGCCUCCUUAGAGCUACUGCAGCUCUUAGCCCUGAAACACGGCAGUGAGGCAUCACCAAGAUUUUUCCUUCUUGCACGCUUGAUGCAGAAGCUGCACUAUAUAAUACAGCACUAAGGCUGCCACAACUUCCCUUCUUCUAAUAAAGGAGCGACUGGGCCUUACACCUCUGACUCUCAACAAGAUCUUGAUUUGACUAACACAAUUUCUAUGCUGUUAUUCACAGCCAUCUUGCUCAAAAUACCCCCAAAGCCAUCCCAAAACCCGAUUUUGCCAAAUUCCAGCAACCUAAUCUGAAGGUUUUUCAGCCCUGAUCUCUAAAGGCAGAUGCGUGAAGACAAAUCCAGCUUGAACUCGGUCUGUUGGGGCGCACAGUACCCCUGCUGCUAGCCAGCUCCCCUCAGAGCACCAUAAGGAGUGGACAAAAUGAGGUCUCAGCUUCACACCACACGGCUGUGCUGGUUGAUAACCCCAUAUACCUCAGCUGCCCGGCUCCCACCACCACCCUGCUACUCCACCUGGGCUGCUAAAGCAGCAAUAGCUGCUGUAACCUGCAAUAACUUUGCAGCUCUGAGCUCAGCCAACGCCGAUUUCCACCCGUGGGCUUCUCCCGAAGGCGAAAACGCCUCAGUGCUAAGGGAAGGGCACGGUGCCAGAGCCGGACACCAGCACCCCCAGCCCGCAACCAUCGCUCAGCGCCCGUCGCCAUGGCCGCAGCCCGCGUUCCUGCCGCUCCGGAGGGGCAGAAGGGAAAAUCCGGGGGGCGGCCGGGCGCUCAGCCCGCAGGCAGCCCCGCCGCCGGGACAAGCGGGGCUCUGCGGGAGCCGGUCCCGGAGCGGGAGACGCCGCCCGUUGCGAUUCAAACGAGGGGAGCGAGCGCCGGGAGCGGCCCCGGUCCGGCCCGGCCGCCAUGGCGGCGGCGGCGGCGGAGCAGAGGCUGAGCGGCGGCGGUGUCACAAAACCUCGGAUAAGCUGCAGCGGAGAACUGGAGCUGAAAACGACCCUGCGGGAGCUGGUUGUCUACCUCAUUUUCCUUAUCACUCUCUGUCUAGAUGGAAAUAUACUUCUGCCCCUUCUUUAUCCCCAUGGUACUGGGGAGCUGCGGGCUUUUACAGUAGCGGAGGAUUUAUGUUCACCUUACCGAAAUCAAAAGAGGAGAGCAGAGAGAAGUUGGAGUUUCUCAGGCAGAAUGGUUGGCUCACUAGAGGAACCAGGGUUGUAUUUAUUGACUUCUCAACAUAUAACGCUAACGUAAACCUUUUCUGUAUAAUCAGGUUGGUGGUAGAGUUCCCUGCCACCGGGGGUGCUCUCACCUCCUCACGUAUCUACUCUGUGAAGCUCCUCAGAUACAUCUCGUUUUAUGAUUACUUCUUGGCUUCUUGUGAAAUCGCCUUCUGCCUCUUUAUCAUUACAUUCAUAGUCCAAGAAAUGAUAGAAAUAAAAAAACUGAAGAUGGAAUAUUUCAAAACUGUCUGGAACUGGCUGGAUUUGCUGCUGGUAGUGGUAUCCAUCCUUGCCAUUGGCUUCAAUAUCUACCGCACCAUGGCAGUGUCCCUGCUAAUGGAAAAGCUGCUCUCUGAUGAGAAUGUUUAUCCAGACUUCUAUUUCCUUGCUUUCUGGCAAAUCCUUUAUGACAACAUGAUUGCCGUCAGUGUCUUCUUUGCUUUUAUGAAGAUAUUUAAAUAUGUAAGCUUUAACAAGACUAUGACACAGCUAUCCUCCACUUUAUCUCGCUGUGCCGGUAACAUCUGUGGAUUUGCCGUCAUGUUCUUCAUCAUUUUCUUCGCCUACGCACAGUUAGGCUAUCUGGUCUUCGGGCCGCAAGUUGAAGACUUUUCUACUUUUCUAAACUGCAUCUUUUCGCAGUUUCGUAUUGUGCUGGGAGAUUUUAAUUUCCAAACCAUAGAAGUAAACAGCAUCCUUGGACCUAUUUACUUCAUCUCAUUUGUAUUCUUUGUGUUCUUCAUAUUGCUGAACAUGUUUUUGGCUAUUAUAAACGACACCUAUUCAGAAGUCAGAGCAGAUUUUGCAGGGAUACCCAGUCAAGAAAUCCACAUCAAAGACCUCAUCAGACAAAGUUGCAAUAAGACCCUUGUCAAGCUCAAACUGAAGAAACCAGAGAUGGGUUCAGGAGAUGAGAACCUGAAAAGCAAGGAAUUUUCAUCCACUAAAAGAAAGGAUAUUUCCAAGCCUUCCAAAAGAGGCAGCAGUAACGAAAAGUCGAAGUUACGGAAAGGGAGAAAGCAUCAUCACAGGAUUCCACCUACUGACAACGCUGACUCAGGCGCCGCUUCUCAGAGCUAUGUCUCCCCUGCAGAAUUUCAGCAGCUCCUCGAAUAUACAGCUGAGUUGGAGGAGGAAUUAAACAACGCUAAUGCAAAACUCAACAGAAUUAUGAAAAGCAUCCAACAGCUGAAGGAAUCUUCAGGCAAGACAGAAGAGUAAAAUGGCUUAGCUCAUCUGGUAACAGAGAUGGCUUUAUUCUUCACACAGUUGAAAUUCAAAGUCAAGAAAGAGCAAUUCUUCCCCUGACACCUUUUUAUAUAUUUCUGGAUAAAAGAUGCAGAAAUGUUAAUAAAGGUAUAUCAUUGUUACUUCACAGUCUUAUCUGUGAGUUUCAGGUAAGUUCUUCAACCCUGAGAAGAACUCACCACCCUUACCAGCGUUCUGCAUAGGAAUCCCUACAAAUUCCUUAAUGCCAUUUAUUCUGCUGCCUCGUGUUGUGAGACACAGACAUAAGCUAGCUGCUCUUGUAACUAAGAGAGCUGAUAGUGAGCAAUGACAUCUUCCUGGGCCCACUUCGUAUAAUUCAAUCUCUAGCUACGUGGCCCAAUAUAAUCCUCAAUUGCCAAGUACAGUCCAGCACUGCUCCUCAGCCCAGACUUCCCUGGACCACUUACAUAUACUAGUGCACCUGCUGGCAAUGUUAAUGCUUAUUUCUCAAAAAAAAUCUUGUUUCAGGCACCCACUGUUUCCAGAACAGGUUUGUUUUUCCCCUGGAGGCAAAAUUCUUCUUUCAGGAAAAAACAAGCACAUGAACAACAACAAAACCCUUAUCUCGUCCAGGGCUUAAUAGCUGGAACCACUAGAGGGCGAUUUCCUUUCAACCUGAACUCUCAGAACAUUUAUUCCUAAAUCCAUUACUACACAUAGCCUCAGAGACAAGGUGUUAUGUUCAAGCCAGAAACUGUCUACUCAUAUGUAGCCAUUAGUAUUUGUUCUUUGUUGGGACUUCACCACAGGAAGAAACAAAACAGAAGGAAUAAAAUGUGUCCAAACAGCAUCUGAGCAUGCUGUUAACACCUGGGGUCAUCACUAGGCUUCAACACCCCACCUGCACUACACAGCCUCUGCAUGCAGUUCUUCAGCUGUACGUCUCAGCUAGUGCAUAACAUGCAAAGCCCAGCCUCUAAAGUAUCCUGAAACUUGUAUGAACCCUACAAAGAUUCGUAGUAUUAUAAAGAUGAACUUACGUCUUGCAGAGCAAGCUACUAAUCACACUGUGGAGGAUCUGCAUCAUGGGCAAGGGGACAGAGAGCCAUUUAAAAGGGACCAGAAGGAGACUACUUGAGCCCAGCAGCACAAGGCAGCAGCCUUGCACUGCCUUCCUUGUUCCCUCAACUUCCUAGUUGUUUUUCCCAUUUUACCUGCAAUGCUACACAUCCGCGAGCAGAAUCUUCAGUUCUUCUAUCACCUGCCAGGCCUUACACUGAAGAAAGGUAUGGUUACACAAAAUACAAGUCAGUUUGAAAGACCUCAAUCACCUUUAAUAUGAUUUUACACCAACAUACUAUUAAUAACCCAUUUGUCCAGAGGAAAAGCAUCCUCUUGGGUUUACAGAAAUAUAUGCACAAUUACAGGGUUUGCUGGCCACUGAUACUGAUUUUAAUGCUAAGAGAUAAUUACAGAUACAAAGGCACAAUCAAAUACUGCUCGUCAGCUGCAGGUGUAUUCAAAAGCAGUGAAUUUAUUAGCACAGUAAUGGCUGAAUCAGCUCUCUGCCCUGUCUCCUCCCACAGUUGCUACCAUUGGAGUAGACAUGAGUGAGACUCACACUUUGCUCCUGCAUCAUCACACACCAGGCUGGAACCCUAGCAGGAGCUGAAGCCCCCAUCAUACAAUCCAUCGAGCUGUCAGUUCAGGACCCGAUCUGGUCACUCUCCUGCUGUCUCUGCUGAGAGGCACAGGCUUAAGAAGCAAAAUAAAACUUAAGCUACUGCAGCUUCAUCGAGGGCUGUCUAGGCACCAGAGCUGCCACCAGUUCUGGUGGCUCUACUGGCAGGCUGUGGAACUCAGGCCUGCCUGAGCAACACCCUGAAACUAAAAAAAAAAAAAGGAAUACUAACAAACUCAGCACUUGUUUUUAAGGUGGGGGGGGAAGCACAAGAAGAAACAAAGAUAUAUGACAAUAAAGGUUAAGGUACUUUUAUUAUAAAAGUCUAUACAAUGAGCACCAGACAUAGCAAUGCAAUUACAUCUGGUUUAGUUAUAUAUAUAUUCCAUAUCUAUAUAUCCAUAUAGAUAUAUAGGUUUUGCUUUUACCAAAGUAAAACUGUUAUAUCACAAAAUGCCUAGUUCUACCAUUUAUUUAUUGCUCAACAAGGAUGGCACAAAACACACUCAUAGCAUAACUGUUGCCAUGCUUAUCUACUAUACUGAAUAAACAGCCAAACACUGCAUAACAAACACAAAGCAGCUGUUAAUUCUGAAUUGGAACCAGUCUGAUCACUCACUCACUUAUAAAAAUAUUGGAAUCAUAUAGAUUUAAGCAUUAUAAAGGAGGAAUAUAUUAUUUAAAACAUUUAAAUAGUGCAUAUUGACAUUCUGCAUGUGGUAUAUAAAACACAAACAUUCAUGUACAACACUAUACAGUACACAUUAGUUUCAAUGUUUGGAUACACCCGUGUCUGCAGACUGAUAGAAAAGUAACUGAAGUGUACAUUGCACAAUGAAACUGAAUAAAAUUGAUAAAUGGUCUCGAGACUAGUUUAACCUCAUUAUUCUCUAAGGUCCCAGAUCAUUUUGCUGUUUAAAAAAAAAGGCAUACCACCAGUGCUCAAUAGUUUUAGUGCUUUUUUUUUCUGAAUUCCAAAAUUACAUGCCUACAAGCAGAGUAAAACAAAACGGGAAGUAUUCUACAGUACUCAGACGAAAUCUGAGCACUAAAACCCCUAUUUUCAAUCUAUUUCAUAUGCUUCAUGGCAGAAUAGCAAGUCUAUGAGGUUACAUGCUAGCCACUUUUUUCUUUGUGAGAAAGUUCAUUUUUGGUCUUUCAUAAAGCAGUGUGAGUAAUAGCUAUGUUGACAUCAGCCAGUCAUAAAAACAUGCAGUGAGAGGAGGUGCAUGCAAAACAUGGCCACAAUCAAACUGAUACACUGAAGAAAAAAAUUGAGAAAGCACCAGAUAAAAUUAACACUUGGAUUUUGCCAGAUCAAAAAACAGCUGCUGAUGGCUGCUGCAGAGCAAAAAGCUAGCUAAAUCAUCAUUCAGCACAGCAGAUGUGAUGCUCAAAACAUUAUUUAGUUUCAUCUCUGAAGCUAAAUCAUGCAAGGCCCAUAAACUGUUUUGCUUACAUCAUAAGAGUUAGAUAACUUAUUUUUAUUCUCCAACUGUAAAACAAAACUGUGAUAAACACCA